UCCACUCCUCUAUUUAAACCAGUGUGCCUCUCCUCCACUUGCACUGUAGCUGAACCUUGAAGCUGAAUCGGCCUGCACUGGAGCUGAAUCUGAAGUUUAACUAUUGUUGAAACAAUUCAGUUGAGCUUGGAAAAAUGGAAGGAGUACGCUCAGAUGCACCCACUUAUCUCGCCUGGUCCAUCUUCAGCACUUUUUGUUGCUGUUUACCACUUGGAAUUGCAGCUAUCGUUUACUCUUGCAGAGUAAACACUGCUAAUGUACUGAGGGAUUCUAAACGUGCUCAUGAAUCCUCCAGAAUCGCCAAGAACCUGAAUAUUGCUUCGGUGGUGAUUGGGAUCAUUUUUACCAUUCUUUCAAUUGUGUUGUUGAUUGUUUUCUAAGCUACUAAGCCUAAGUAACAUAACUGUGCGCUUGGGGCAGCAUUUUCUUUUUUUGUGUUUAAGACUUGCUAUUCGAACAACACUUCAACAACAGUUCAAUACUUCUCAACUCCAGGGAUGUUGAAGACCAGCUCUGGUUCCAAAAUCAAGCACGCAAUCAUAGCCAUGCAAUGUUGCUUUGAUUUAUAGUGUUUUCCCAUAUUCUGAAAACUGGAGAUCUACAAAAAUGUCAGUUUUAGAGAUUUGUUUUUAAAGUAAUUUGGUAGGUACCAACUUUGACAUUUUUCAUAAAAAAAAUAAAAACUUUAGUUUUUUCGUAAUGUUUUUUAUUCCUUUUUCCCCCCUUUCAUUUGGUCCUGUAUGUGAAUUUGUUUUUGUCUAUGCCCAAUAUGGUAAUGAAAUGUACCUUAAAUUAUAAUUUAGCUAUUUUAACAAAAAGGGUCUUUUAUAAUCCUGUGCAAUCUGUGUUCAUCACAUUACCAGCACCAUAUUAAUCAUCUUUAUGUAAAUUGUAAUGGCUUUCUUAUCGUUUGCUUUCCCAUGCCUCUAUUUUUGUUAUGUAAUUUCAUACACAAGUAAUUUCAUCUUUCAUACAGUAACCCAUACAAAAUAAAAAAAAUUGUU